CUAUCCCAAGUCCUUUGCUAGGUUGGCUUUCUCUUUCUCUCCUUCACCAGUACCCAUGUUUCCACACGUCUCAUUCCAGGCAUGCUUCAUGCUACUAUGCCUCUUAUUUCUUUCCUCCUCCCUCCUUGUACAAGUCUCAGCUCAGAGCUCUAGUGCAACCACAACCACCGCUGUUUCAUCUACACUAUCUGCAAAUGUCACCGUCGUGCCAACCACUAGCUCAUACACCACCACCAUCGUCAGUCGUUCCGGAAAUCAGAACAUUCCUCUCACGACAGUUGUUCCCACCGCAUUCAAUGCUACGAAAACAAUAUCUGCAGCAGCAUCUGCUACAUCCUCUGCCAGUCCCACCCCGACUCCUAUCGUGCUCGAUACAAAACUUAACCCUGCCUUUGGUGUCCUCGGAGCAAUUCUUAUCCUCACAGGCCUUCCCAGUGCAUUCUGGGGCCACAAGAACAGAUGGCAAGUUCAUCUAGACACUCUGAUUCACAGAUUGGAUUCUCAUUUCGCACACAGGACAUCUUUUUUCCUGAUUGGGUUUUAUACACUCUCACUAGUCUGUUUUGUCCUCAUUCUGAAAUUUGGUGUCUUAUCAGCCAUAAAUCCUCCCAAUAAUACCUUGCAAGGCAUGUUCGUCCUUGCCUCUGUAGUUGCAGGUAUCAUGGGAGGAGGUAUCACCAUCUUCUUCUGGAAAGCUUCCAAAUACUUUAUAGGUGCAUGGGGCGGUUUUGCCUUUGGCCUCUGGAUCCAAUGCUUUAAGGACGGAGGAGUAAUCGCUUCCAUCGGCUUGCGGUGGAUCCUGUAUAUCGCGUGUGGUGUCGUUGGCUUUGUUCUUUGCACCAUUCCAAAAUUACACUGGCACGUUCUCCUCGUUGCGACGGCGGUGGUCGGAUCUUCGGCCUUCAUUCUUGGAAUCGACUGCUACACUUCCGCGGGUUUGAAAGAGUUCUACAUCUGGAAUUUGGGCUUCACCGACUUAUUCCCAAAGUAUACAAGUAACGGCAUUGCCUUUCCUGUGACGCAGACGAUGGAGAUCGAACUCGGACUUAUGGCCGCAAUCGCACUGAUGGGAGGAGCUGUUCAGCUUCGGAUUUUACGAAUCCUUCAGCACAAACUCAAGGAAAUAUCGAUGGAGCAAAAGAAGCGAGAUGAAGAAGCUGAGCUUGAAGCUUCGAGCAGAUUCGCCGAUUUGUCCAAAGAGCAAGACGAAUGGGAGAGGGAGCAUCCAUCACUUGGAAGACAUGGGCGAUACGGAAGCGGAUAUUCUGGUAUCCCACUGAUGAAGGAAUUCCCAUCUAUGAAUGACUCUAAUGAGGGGCGCUCAUCUACGUUGACUCUGACGGGUGACCGCCGCGCUCGUCAUCAGUCGGGCAUAUCCGAGUUCAUGGCCGCUCCUAUUCCGGACGAGGAAGCUCGGCAUGCAGCUAGGCACUCCCAGAAUCCUGGUGCUCUACCAACGUUGGACCUUGGUCUUGGAAUUGAGGAAGACGUUCCCUCAAGUUUUAUAACUGAAGGUUUCAAUAAUGUCAAGAAGACGGGAACGGCUUCAGAUCCUGAACUCCAGCGUAAAGAAGAGCUCCUAGCAGAAAUUCAGACCAUCAGACGUUCGAUUGAUUUACUCCGCUCUGAGACGCCCGGUAACUCUUCUGAUGAUUCUCGGUCGCGGCACGUCUCUUUGACUUCGCGGCGGACGCUCAGUUAUGAUCUUGACAAUGCGAUUAUGCCUCGCAUACCUCAUUCUCGUCCUCCCAGGCAGCCGGACCCUCGAAACAGAGCUCAAUCCAUGGAGCUGGACACGAUGAUUAACUCGCCUCCUCUCGGUGCUUCGAUCGGUCGACCCACCAGCGCCCCGCUCCGGGAUGAAGAUUGGGAUUCUUAUGUUCGUGACCGCAAACUUCUUCAGCCUCCAUCAGGCAUCUCAGCGCCCAUCCCAACCACUGCCAUCAAGCCAAGUCUUUCAGCUGGCACCUCGGCCGCGAGGCUCCCUGUCCCUCAAGCUGUGACUGAAGCUCUGGUGCAACGGAAGAGAAGAGAGAGUUUAUUGGACCCCGAUGUUACAGGGAAUGAUGCGGCUGUUAAAGAUGUAUCUUCAGACGAUAUUCCGAUUGCUGCGUUGUCUCCCCCUCCCAGGGCAUACACCAGGAGGCCCAAGCAGCCUCGGCCUACCAGCGUGUCUCCUGUAGCGGCUGCGCCGGUGAAUAACGUUCCCAUCAUUCUUCCUCGCAAGAACAUUGUCUCUCCUACUCCUCAAAGGCCAGAGGUUCAGCGUGUUGCCACUUAUGAGGAACUGGAAGAGAGACAUCGUGAGAAGAUGAAAACCUUGCAGUCACCGCUUACCCAGGCUGCCAAAGAGCAAGCAAAAAUUGACGCAGCGAAGCAGAGAUGGGAACGUUCCAAGGCUGUCGAGAAGGAACUGGUGACGAAGCGGCACGCGGAGAAAUCGGCGCAGAUUGCUAGGGAUGAAAGGACCAAGCGCAAGUCUGAAGAUGAACUUGGAAAGAGGGGUUCUACCGUCCUCGAGCCUAACAAGAGCGGCGACCGCCAAUCACGCAAUUUGACCCCGGACAAGUUGGCUCAAAUUGGUGGAUCUUCAUCGAAGCGCCAGUCAGUGAUGAGGGUGGAAGAUUGGCAGCGAAACCAGCAGGAUGCAGAGCUUGGAGUGAAACCUGAGCGCGCGGGAGGCACGACUUCAAAGCGUGAUUCCCGUGUGGUGAAGGGCGAUGCUGCUCCUGCUGUACCGUUCCCGGGCCAGAACAGAUCUCGCGAUGCUGCUCCAGAUAGGCGUCGAUCUUCUGGCUUCCCACGAGAUCCACCAAGUUAGAGGCAGUCAUGAGUGGUGAUUUCAUUUGUGGGUUUUGGACCCGUGGUAGGCGCUAUUGUUAUGAACUUGGUGUUAACAGGUCACUCGUUUCACUUUAAUAUGUAUUUCUGGACUUUUGUGGACUAUACGAUUUUCGAACCCGCAACCGCACUGUCAUCAUCUCCAUCUCGUUUUUCUCCGUUCGCUUCACCGUCUAUCUUCAGUAUUUGAGAUAGACUAUGCCCAUCACUUUUAGUGAUUCAUUUUUAGCAUUUUCUGAUUCGGUUUUGCACGCUGUCUAUACUCUGCACGUAUUAAGUAUCUGUCGAUACGUAUACUUGAUUAGGAACAUUGUAAUGCAUGCUGCACGACUCCCAAGACGGGUUGCAGCAGUUUUGUAUCUAGGUGCAACGAGUCUGGUCUUCUUUCCGUGUCUCGUUUU